UGCAUCUGGAUCUGUUGGCGAAAUACCACUACAUGCAGACAGUCAGAACAUGUGCCGAGGAUCCACCGCGCCUUAGAGUACAUUGUCAUUUUUUUUUUUACUGAAGUAUUAAAAAUACCGUGUUGAUUUAUUUACAAUUAUGGAGGACGAAUUACAAAAAUGUAUCAUAAAAGCUAAAGAAUUUGUGGAUGCGCAAAAUUUCCAAAAGGCAUACGAGGUCUAUGAGGAGGCUUUGAUAAAAUUUCCGGCGAAUUCCGAGUUGAACGAUGGACUCCGAAAUAUGCAGGAGAAUGUACUCGAAAGGAUUUCUCCAAAGCCCAUGGUUUCUCCUACGUCGAUCCACUAUGGAGAUCUACCAGGGGACAACGUCAUUCUACGACACGAGGAGGGGAAAGUAAAACAAUGGCUUGAAACAACGGAUGAGAAUAGCGACACAAACCAAUCAAAUUCUCAAGUGCACUCUGAAAUGGGGCUAGAAGAAGCUCUAAACCUUUUCAAGAAUGGCGAAAUUCACAGAGGUAGACACGCCCUGCGUUCUUUCUGCAACUCUUCCGACCACGAUGUCGACAUUGUGAUGAAAUCGCUGUAUGACAUGACCUUGUACAAGGAAUGCAUUAUUUACUUGUUUACAAGUCUGCACCCUAAGAAGAAUUCGGUCUCUGUAUGGAUUCUAGGAGCAAAAGCAGCGAAAGAGCUGUCUCUCCAUGCCACUGCUGAGCACUGGAUAAAGAAGGCAUUACAAUCAGAUGACUUUAACAGUGAUGACCAAGAAGAAUUGAUGCAGUUGUUUUUCAAAAUCAGGACAGCACGGCUUUUUGAUAACCUUCCAUCAGAAGAAGGCAUUGAGGUUAACUUGUCGGAGAAAGGUCGAAGUGUUCGGGCCUUGUGCAGCUAUGAAAGCCAGUCAGUUAUCUUUCAAGAAGGACCAGUUCUUAUCUCCCAGGCUCUUGAUUCAGGCUAUGAUGAUAUCCCGGCCUGCAGUCAUUGCGCAAAAUGCUUGGUUUCUGCUGAACAGUUCUUUGGUGGAAAGAGCCUUAAAGGCAACAAGACAUUGAAGAACGCCGUGAAUCAGUUCUGGACCAAUCGAACACCACUGAGGUGUGAGCAAUGCUCAAUGGAACUAUAUUGUUCAGAGAAAUGUAAGCUUGAUUCCUGGAAGAAAUAUCAUCGACUCAUUUGUCCAUCCCAAAACAAACACGCUGCCAAACUCUACGAGAUUUGUACAGAGUUCAAAAAAGCUUCAGUUAAAAGUUCCGGAAAAGUUGAGGGAUGGUGGUAUGACAAUUUCAGUCCAAUCGUCUUGGCAAAACUAUGGGCUUCCAUCCUCUGUGAUGCAAAUUCUAAAGUAGAGAGCAUCGAAGAAGUUGUCAGUGAUGUACUAAUUGCCAUAUCCAAAAGAAAGUUCGACAGUUUUCAGGUUUGCAGUCAGGGAGGGAUAACAAAACGUAUUCCCCAAAUGUAUGACCUCAUGGUAAAGAUUUUCACCAACAAGGACAAACGUAAACAGUACAUAAUUACCCCCGGGGAAUUCAACUUCCGUUACAGCCAGGUCAGCAGAAGCAUACAGGUGUUCUCUGAUCCUAACCAUCCAUACUUUCUGUUCCGGAAACAAGUGGAUAAAAUACCAGAAAUGCAACAUUUGAAGAGGAUUCUCCCAAACACAAUACCAGAAGCAGUUUUUACUGGUAUAUUUCGCAUACAGUCAAGCUUAAAUCAUUCCUGCGCCAACAACGUGGAAAUCAUAUCUGGAGACGUAAACGAGGCUCCCGGUAUACAUGUGAUUUCAAAAAGACCAAUCAAAGAGGGGGAUGAGUUGUUUACAUCAUUUGUGGAUACGUCACUAAACCGCCAACAAAGACGCGGCUUCCUCUAUCGUAUGUACCAUUUUUGGUGCGAAUGCCCUCGCUGUAUGUUUGAGGGAGAUGAUUCGGACACCUGCACUCAAUGUCGGAAGGAAGCGGACGACGAGAAAGGGUUCCCAUCCUGUGGGAGGUGUCACAAAGCCUGGUACUGCUCUAAGGCAUGUCAAAAAGCCGCUUGGAAGAAAGGACAUAAAGAGAUAUGCUUAUAUUGAUAGCUAAAUAUUGAAUUGUAAGAGAACCUGAAGUGAAUCCUCAUUUUCCUAUUAAAUUGCAGUUUAAAGCAAACAUUUCUUUAGAUGGUAAAUUGUAUUUUUGACAGCUUUUUCCCUUGUAACAAGAACGAGUGAGAGUUUACAGGGUGAAAUGGCUGUGAUUUAAUAUACCAUGUAUCUUGACAAUAGUGUGUGCUUGAUAAAAUUCUUAAAAUACGACAAUAAUUGAUGGUGAUGAAAAUUGUCUGGGUUUCU